AAUAACUUUAAGUGUAGAUGACGUAUGGAUUUUUAGGAAAGUGUUGGAGGUUACAUUGUCCAUAACACCUUAGAGGCUUAGCUUAACCUAAUGACUUUUCUCUACCUUUGUAUCACUGAUUCAAAUAAUAAUAUUGAAACGGUUGGAUGCCAAGCAAUUAAGCCAUCUUGUAUUUGGAAAAAGAUAUAAAGGUACCAGGUAAGUAGGUACGGAUUCCUCUCAGUUUUUUACACCUUCUAUUUUUUCCAUCACUCCCUCUCCGGAUAAGAAUAAAAUAAUACAACAACGCUGCCCCUUUCCCUUUCUUCUUCCAAAAUCCCCCAAAAUGUGUUUCGGAAGCAGCAAAGAUACAUCGAACAACGACUCAGCGCCUAAACCAGCCGCGGUCCCUCCUCAACGAUUAUCAUCGUCUUCCUUACCACAAUCAGCCAGCGCCGCCAAAGCCAGCAUUAGCAACAGCAACGGCAACGGCAAUAUGCGGCAGGACAACUACGCGCCACCUCCCGGACCCCCGCCGUCUCACGGCCAGUACUACACUCCCCCGCCCGGUCCACCUCCGUCCCAUCAUCAUCAACAAGACUACGCGCCUCCCCCCGGCCCACCACCUCCUCCUUCUUCUUUUUCUUCGGAUACCAAGAACAACCCGUUCUAUAACUCCGGCCCCGGUUCCGAUUAUGCCCCUCCACCCGGCCCCCCACCCUCUCACAACUACCACCACCAGCAACAACAAUCCUCCUCCUCCUCCUCGUCGCAAAACCAACAACAAAAGCAACACGACUGGCAAUCCGCCGUCCCCGACACCUCCCUCCUCCCCCCUCCCCCCAACUUCUUCAGCGGCUUCGACCGCUCCCCCGCCAACAACGCCACCGAGGAGCAGUGCGACGCCGGCGAGGCCUGGUGCGCCCAGUACCCGCUGUACCCGCCCAUGCCGCUGAACCCGCCCGCCGAAGCCGCCUCCCGAACCGGCAACAUCGCCGUCUUCGCCCCUCCAUCAUUCCUCUCCUCUUCUUCCAACGGCAACGGUGGGUCCCUAUCCCAACUCCGCCCCGGCCUCUGGUCCGUCUCGUCCCCCCGCCGCCGCGCCCCCGACGCCUGUCUCGCGACGUAUCCGCCUUUAUACCACGCGGCGGCGCACAGCCCGCUCGUGACCGGAACGAAAAGAAAGACGGUGUACUACGAGGUCCGCGUGCUCGAGCGCGGCAGCCGCAAGGACGAGGUCUCGCUCGCGCUGGGCUACGUGGCGCCGCCGUACCCGGGGUUCCGGCUGCCGGGGUGGCACCGGGGCAGCGUGGGGGUGCACGGGGACGACGGGCACCGGUACGUGAACGACCGGUGGGGCGGGAAGGCGUUCGCGGCGCCGUUCCGGCGGGGGGAGACGAUUGGGUUGGGGAUGGAGUUUUCGCUGGGGCCGCGGAGAGACAACAACGACCACCACCACCACAACAACAAUAACAACGACAACAACGGCAUGCAGGCGCAAGUGCGAGUAGAGGUGUUCCUGACGCGGGACGGCGCGGAGGCGGGCCGCUGGGACUUGCACGAGGAGACGGACCGGGAGCAGGACCUGCCGGUGACGGGGCUCGAGGGGUACCACGACUUGUGCGCGGCCGUGGGGGUGUUCGACCAGGUCGCUUGCGAGAUUGUGUUUGCGCCGGAGCUGUGGAAGUGGAAGGGAUACCGGGGAUAGAGAGAGACAGAGAGUUAAAGAAAGGGGAAAGAAGCGUGUCGUGUCGUGUCGUGUAUUUUACCUGUUAUUACCUACCUAGCUCUUUUGAUUUUUUAAAAAUAAGACCGGGUACGAAGUAGGUUAGGUAGGAGAUAGUCUUCGAUGCUGGCCUCGGAGAUGGAAGUUGACUGCAUUAAUUAAGCCGGACCCUUGGCAGAAAGCAAGCCUUUUUACGCAAUGGUGAUAUUAUCUCAUACUAGGUAGAGGUUUGGCCUGAAUCGGUUUCUUAAUAAAGUCAUACUUUGGCUUGUCUUGGUUUUAUCUUCUCUGGUAAUAUCCAAUUACGUUACGUGACCCCAUAUAUAUAAGGUAUAUAAGGUACCUGGUAUAUAUAUUUCAUUCAAAGGGUACAAAGUUCAAA